CUCAUGUGACGAGCCAGAAUCCAUCUGCUUCAGGUUCUUUGAUUCUGUUUUUAAAGUCAUGAAAAACCCUCUAUCACUAUUUUUCGUAAAUUCCAACGCAAUUUCAGCUCUUCUGCACAGUUGUAGCUGCCACAGCGAGCCGUUCGCUGAAGUUUACAAGGUGUCACUGAACGCAGCAUGACUGUCUCUGUGUUGUGCCCCGCCCCCUUCGGCCUCAGCUCAACUUCCUGCCUGCUGCCAUAACUUCUCUGUUCACAACAGUACAGUAGGACAGUAUUCAUACAGCAGAGACAGCAAACACCUGAUGAACACGGAGCUCCGAUAGAGUCAUCCUGCUGCUCUACUUUCAGGCCUAGGUCUGGUCAUGACGCAGCAGGAACAGCAGGACUUCAUGGAGAGUCUAGAGGCGGCCCUCUCCUGGAUGCGGGCUAUCCAGGAGAGGCUGAAGGCCAACGACAACACCCAGGGGCCCCGUGAUGCCCUGGAGGCCCGGCUCAGGGAGACAGAGAAAAUCCAUCAGUCAGAGCAUGAAGGUCGUGUAAAGAUGGACAUUGCGCUGGUGGCAGCUGAAAACCUUUUACAGAGCGACGAUGAAGAGCUGAGAAACCAAACCCAUGCUAAGCUCAAAGACCUGAAAAGCCUGUGGGAGGAGACCAGCACCUACAUCAUCCACUGUCACAGUCGGAUCGAGUGGGUGUGGCUGCACUGGAGCGAGUACCUGAAGGCCUAUGAGGAGUUCGAGCUGUGGCUGACGAAGCAGCAGCGUAGUCUGGAUGUCGAAGUGGAGCUGCAGCUGGGGGUGAAGGAGAAGCUCUGGCAGGUGGAUCAGCAAAGAGUGAUAGUGAGCGACAUCCACGGGCAGGCGGCGCUACUGGAGCGGCUGCUGGACGAGGCUGCAGCACUGCACAACAGAACCCAGGAUCCUAGUGUGGAGCCGCAGGCCCAGGAGAGGCUGCAGGAGGCCUACAACGAAGUCAGAGACAGAGCGAAGGAGCGUCUGUCACUGCUUCAGAAGAUCGCUGAGGAGCACCAGACCUACCAAGGCUGUGUUCAGAGGUUCCAGUCGUGGCUGCUGUCAAAGACCAAGGAGCUGACUGAUCUGAUGGAGAGGGAGGAUACAGCCGAGAACAAGCUCAAAGCCUUACAAGCUCUGGACGACGUUGUAGCAGGUGAAGAGAAGACCCUGCAGCAUAUCGAGGGCCUGGCAGAGGGUGUGAGGGGCAACACGUCUCCUGCGGGGGCCGAGGUGGUGGUGGAGGAGGCAGAGGAGCUGAGGCUGGGCUGGCAGAGGCUAAGGCAGGGUCUGUAUGAGGCGGAGGACGGCCUGCGCUCCAGCCUGGACUCCCACACUCAGUACAUUGCCCGCUGUCAGCGCCUGGGAGAGGACAUCGGACGUCUCAGGGGGCUGCUGCAGGGACUGGACCAGGAGCUGGUGGAGGGCCGCGAGGCUGGGGACCGUGCUGACCACACGGAGGAGCAGAUGGUGGGACAGUGGAGGAAAUACACAGGUGUGAGGAAUGCCCUAGCAGGAGAGGAAUCCCAAGUGGAACUUUUGAAGGCUCAGCUGAAGGAGCUGUUCAGGUUCUCAGAGGACUCGAGACACCUUUCUGAUGACGUCCUGGCUGUGGUCAAAGAGCAUCAGAGUGUGAAGUGCCGAGCUACACGGUUGUGUUCAGAGUCAGAGUCUGGGCUGAGAAACAUCCUGCAGGACCCCCUGCUGGUCUACACCCAGUGGAGCCACAUGGUUGCCCAGGUUCUGGAAAAUUCUGCAGAGGUCUCUGACUUCUCCCACAUUGCCAUGUUGGUGCAGAAAAUUGAGCGUCUGCUGAAGGACAGCGUGCAGCUGCAGGAGCGUUUCAGUCAGCUGCAGGUGAAGGGUGACCUGCUGGACUCAGUGUUUGGUGCGGAGAGGUCUGACGGUCUGCAGGAGGAGCUGAGUGGUGCUGUGAGGAACAGAGAGCUGCUGCACAACCAACUGCAGCUGAGGAAAAAUAGACUACAGGGUUUAAUCUCAAGAACGAAGGACUUUGGAGAUGCCUACGAGUUAAUUUGCUCCAAGCUGGCCAGCCUCAGGGAUCGACUGAUGGCAGCAGACGGACUCCAGCCUGACAUCCUGGCAAAGAAAUCCCAGUCAGACCAGUUCAGGGUGAUCUUAAAGGAUCUGCAGGAUUGUGAAGCUCACAUCUCAGCUCUGGAGACACUGGUCUCGUCCAGUUCAAACAACAGAACUCAAUUUGAGAGACUUUGUGGCGACUGGAAACAACUGCACCAGGCAGUCAGGGGAAAGGCUCAUGACAGUGAGGAGAGCAUCGCAGACCACGAGAGCUUCCAUGAAAGUCUGCUGAACAUCGAGAAGUGGCUGAUGAUCAUGAAGCAGAAACUUGAGUCCUUCUACAGCCCGACGGGGGGCUGGAGCAUUGAGGGACGCCAACACGAGGCUGAGAGAGCGCUGGGAGAGUUUCCAGAGAAGGAGCUCCAGCUGCAGCAGAUGGAGAUCCAGGGUCAGGGCGUCCUGAAGAGGACUUCUGAGGAGGGACAGGUCCACAUCAUCCGGGACAUGAAGCGCCUGCGAGAGUCCUGGUUGGCCCUGUACAACAUGAGCCUCAAUAUUCACGGGCUGCUGAACAGCUCCAAGGAACAAGCAGAGGCUGACUUAAGGAGGGUCGGAGGCCUCUCACCACACAGCACACCCCUGACAACAGAGCUGAGUCUGGAGGAGGGAGAUAGUCAUGAGGCCGGGGUCUCCAAGAUCCAACUACCAGCAGAGGUGUAUGGACUCAUGGCGAGCUCCAUGGAGGGGGGUAAAGGAGAAGGUCACAGUGGUCAGAUCAGCCCUCCAAGGACAGAUAAAGACAGCAGGCGUCUCACGGGAGAUGAAGCCGAUUCUGCAGCGUGGAGUCUUCGCAGCCGAGCAACUCAGAAAGUUUUAACUUCUGACGGAAGUCCUGACAGCGAUAGACCAGCAGGGGGCCACAGUAUCAUCGUCACUGGAGACGGAGGGGGAGCAUCGUUCAGCACAAAGGUCAGCGGUGGAGAGGGAUUAAGAAUGAGCGCUGGUGAAGGAUUGAGUCCAGGAGGAGGAGCUUUUGCUCUGUUUAAAAGGGACCAAACCAAGAGCUCGUCAACACCGUCACAGCAGACAACGGGAGCCGAUGGUCAGUACAGCUCUAGAAGGAGGGAGUUUGAGGCCUGGCUGUCCAGAGAGAGUGAACUCCUCUCAGGGAUCCUCAGCAUGAAGACAGCAAAGCUCAAUGCUAAAGAACUCAAAAUCAGACAGGAUACACUCAAGGCUCUGAGGAACGGAGUGGCCUGGGGUCAGGAGCAGUUUCAACUGCUGCUUCAGGAAAGUCAGGGAGGAGAGGACGGUUCUGGACCCACAGAGGACAUCAGUCUGGAAGAACUCCGCUACCGCUGGAUGCUGCACAAGUCCAAGCUGAAGGACAUGGGCGACAUCAGGACCAGGAGUGGGGCUAAGAGAGUUCAAGCCCAACAGGAGCAGCCAGUUGUCGCAGCAAAGGUGCAAAAGAAACCCGGAUUAUGCUAUCGGGUGUGUCGUCUGGCUCUUCCUCUGUGGCUCCUCCUCCUCGCUCUGCUCCUCUUUGCCUUCCUCCUCCCCUUCAUGGACGAAGGCAACAGCUGCUCCCUUUCCAACAACUUCGCCCGAUCCUUCAACAUCAUGCUGCGAUACGACGGACCCCCACCAACAUAGGAAACGAGCACCGCCAAAGCUGGGACAACAUGGAGAAACCUUUGACCUCCAUAGUUUGAGUUUGAACGUUCCUACAUCUCCUCUCCCUCUGAUCAUCAUGGAGCAUAAACAACUGCUCUCAUCAUGUAACCACUCAGUGGCAUUUUAGCUGUCAGGAUUUACAACAUUUAAUACCAUCUCUUUUCUGAUGCAAUACAAUCAAUGAAGGAACCACAACCUCUAGAAGCACGCACAUCUGCAACCAACAUUAUUCAUUUUGCUUCAACAGCAAAAACACAUCUUUGAUUUAUGUGCAGCUUAAAACCAUGACCUUAACUUUGAAACUUAACCUUAACUUUUAAAUUUAACCAUAAACUCCCAUUAAGACUCCGUCAGGACUCAGAGCUACCAUGCUAAUGAUUUCAAAGUGUCUGUAGGAGCUUUAACGUAUUUAAACCAAAGUCAUCAUGACUAAAAAUGUCUUCCUAAAUGUUUCUUAUAAAUAAACUAAGGUUAGUUAAUCUAAACUCUAAAUGGCCUAACCAAAUUUCCAUCAUCAGUACUUCAUCUUAAUUUAAGAGCUCAUGUUCAAAAGAGCUUCAGUAUAAUCACUCACAAAUGGCAAACUAUGGGACGUCCUAUUACACAAACUGAAGUAAUCAUGAGAAGAUGCGCAGUAAUAGAACCAUUAUUUAUACACAAUCUCAGGGGGCUUUCACACCUGUAGCUCGUUUUCUUUGGUCUGAUUCAGACAACAAAAUGACCUGGCUUUUUUUGUGUUAGCACUGCAUUGUUGUAAAGUUUGCACAAAAGCAAAUCCCACAUAAGACACUUUUUAGUGUGGAUCGACUGAGCAGCUAGGGGGUGAAACAUCUCAUCACAUUUAGGUGAGCAGUUUUAUCAAAUGUUUAAAGCCACUCGCUUAAAAAACGAAACACAUGAACGACUGGAGCUUUCAAAGCUCUGCUGGUGUUGUGGUCUAGCUUGUGACCAUGCUAAAUGUUCCCCACAUAAUGAGACUUUUCUGGGGUGGUAGGGGUGGCAGAGGGCUUCAUUACACAUGCCUCGUUUAUUUUUUGAGCAUCUCUGCUAUUUUGACAGUAGGGUUAGGACACAGCCCUAUCCUGGUUGGAUAGACAGGACCAUUAAUGAGUGAAAGAAGUCACUUUAAUAAUCAUUAAUGGUAAUAUUAAGUUUUAUUGUUUAAUCUGAGGUCUCCUUCUUAUUCUGUGCUCCCUCUCUGCAGCUAUUUUUACUUGUACGUUAGUUAAAGAACAUUUUUUUUAAUGUAAAUAAGAUCGUGGGCCGAAAAUCAAAUUCCUUAACUUAAACUCUGAGCAGCUGCUGAAAACAGACUGAAAAAUAGGUGUGAGUCUGUGUCUGUUUUUAAAAGCCUCUAAUUUUCAGACCAUUCUCUGUAAUUUAGCUCUUUGCCUUUUCCUGAAUAGAAAUAAUCGUUAUUAUAACAAUAAAAACGUAUUGGUUUAUAAUUUAUGGAUUUAAUUUGUGUAAAGGCCACAGUUCUUGUUUAAAAAAAUGAGUAUUGCAGAUUUCUGUGCAGAUGAGAUGCAAUGAUCUGAAACCAGGGUCCUAGUAUGUAUCAUGUAUACAGGGAUAUUAAUAACCAGGUCUCUCUGUGUGCAUCUAAACACAGUAUCCCUCAUAUGAUCCUAACCUGGUAAACAGGACACUUAAGUACCUGGUCAUUAUGGAUUUGAAAAAAAGAAAAGAAUAAUGGACAGUAAAUCUCUGGGUGGCUGUGAAUAUGGGUGCUCCACCUGAGUAUCAUCUCUGUGUGUGAAACGCCGGCGUCCUUCCAAAGCGUUUCUUUGUUUAGUUUCCAGUAAAGAUGUAUGCGAUUAGCUAGUUUGAUGUUCCAAGGAAUAACUGAACUAAAAAGUAUUUGAAAGAUGUUUUUCUGUUGUGACUAACGUGUUAGCUCCCCAGCCACUGUGGCGAGUAAUUUUCCAAAGUUACUAGCCACUCUGAAUUUUCACUAGCCACAAUUUUCUUGUUGGAAGUACCGUUUUAUAUGAUUAAGGUUGACUGGGGCAUGAUAAAGUUUACUUGAACUAGAUCUGCUAUCCUUUGAAAUGUAAAUGAACAUUGUACUUCAAUCCUUAAAGUGUUUUUAUGUGGGAGAAAACACAAGAUAAACAACAAAGUUUGUGGUCUAAUAUAAAGUGGGCACAAAUCUAGAACAUCGCAUUUAUUUUGGGGGGGUGCCCCCUUUCUAUGCAAUAACCAUCUACCACUGUAACAGUGUUCACAAACACUGGCGCUAACAGCUGAGCUGCUACAAUGGCUAAUGGGAAUUGCCGCACUACCUGCCAAGGCUGAAAUCUACCUGCAUUUGGAUGGUUGACGAAUUUUAAUGCCAAGCCCUGGUCGUGACUACAGCAUCACAGACGAACGGCUAAAAGUCACCAGUUAACACGGUGACUAUUUAAAGCGUAACAGCUGUUAGCAGAGAAGCUAGAAGGAUGUAAAAGUAGAGAGCAGCUUGCUAAAAGUGAAGAGUGGUUCGAUCAGCUGAAUGAAAAUCUGUCAAUGUCCUGUGACACUCUGCUAACCAGAUGCUGAGGAACAUUAGCCUGUUGCUAAUUUUUAUGCUAAUUGGUGCUCAAGGACCAAAAGACUCCCAUUAGUGCUAGAGUUGGGAUAUGACCGUAUGACCGUAGCUUCAGUACUCGAGUACUAGUGAAUAAUAAUUACUGUAAAAAGAAUAAAAGGUAUGCAGCUCACCACAACUUUAAAUCACAGAUCUGAUUGAAAUAAUUUGCAACAUUAAAGUAACUUAAGAAUUUUUCAACUGAAUAAGUGUUACAAAAACUUUAACACGGAGCACUGUAGUAUGAUCAAGCUGAUCCGAAAUUUGUUAGGUCAUUGCUGUCAGCUCCUCUGCAGACCAAAAACACUUCUGCAAGAGAAAACCGCUAACAGUUAGCAUAUAAGUCCAUGCAGAGACCUGUCCAUGAAUCUGUCGUACCAACGGCAUCAGCUCACUGAAGCCUUCUCCUACUUCAUAUGAGGGUAUCUCCUCCCCAGUAGCUAUAAAGCAGUGGCUGAAUCUGGAUCACUGUGCUAAUAAGGCAAGAGACAUGGCUGGAGAGCAGGGUUGUCAAACCCAAUGACAGCAGGGGCUGAAUUCCGAAUUUGGGUCCAACCUGAGGGCUGAACAUGGUCAACAUUUAACCAUAAACUGUCAACCUUAUUUUCACCAGCAAUGAAUUGUGGGGGGGAAAAAAACUUA